AUGUCUUCUACAAACCCUAAAGAAACUAAAACUACACUUACCAAUGAGCAACGAAAAGCCAUCAUUGUACAUAAAGAUAAAAACCCUAACAUAAAUGCAAUUGGAGAAAAUCCUUUAGCAAAAAGACAAAGAACAGUUCAACAUUUGGACCUUGAAGACAUGUUGUAUGAGUGGAUUUUACAAAGCCAAGAUUGUAUAAUACUAUCUGAUGAUGUUAUAAUUAAAAAAGCAAAAAAUUUAGCUAAAUUGUUCCAUAUAUCUGAGAAUGAUUUCAAGUUCUCACACGAAGAUGCUUCUGUAGAUGAUGCCAUUAUUGCAGAGGCUCUUCCUCGGUUAAGAGAAAUUUUAAAAGAAUAUGACCUAAAAGACAUUUAUAAUAUGGACGAAACUGGAUUAUUCUAUCAGUAUUAA